AUGGGUGUUCAUCGCUUGUGGUCCUAUAUCAAGAAGCAUCGCCAUGCACUUAUAACUUAUUUUGACCUGGUGGAAGUUGCUGAAGGAUAUCCAGGUGGUUUGAAGCUUCUUGUCGACUUCUACAGUUGGGAGCAUUUCAUAUUGGCAAAAUUCUGGGACUCUUUGAGUCAGUCAGCUCAGAACAAAAACAUAAUAUUUGCUGGUGGCGAGUACAGCAUGAUAGAUGCUUUCAUCAAAGAAUUUAUUUUGCGAUUACGAGCCGUUAAUAUUGAGUUGGUGUUUUUCCUGGAUGGAGCCAAAGGAAGUGCAUACACCUCUUCGAAACAGAAGUUACGAACUUGGCAGUCCCGAUAUUCUGAUGAUCAGAAGAGAUUAAAGAACACUGCCGACUUUUUACGUGGCAAGCUGCCCCUGGAGCGGGUAGACACGGAACAUCUGACCCGCCCCUGUCUGCAAGAGGUGCAGAAUGUGUUGACUCUGCAGGAGUGUGGUUGUGUCAUUCACCUGCAGGUCUCAGGAGAGGCAGAUCAUAUUAUUGCGAAACAUCUGAGAGAUGAUGCAGCGGCGUUUGCUGUGUUAAGUAACGACACAGACUUCUGCAUCUUUGAGCACUGUGUGCUGAUGCCUUUAGAUUUCUUUGAUAUGAACAACGACCUUGGCCUGGGGUUAAUGUCAUUGAAUGUAAAGACACCAGAACAUCUCAAGUGUGGGAUCAUUCGCACAGAGCGUGUGAUGAGUCUUCUUGGUCUUCCGGACCACGAGUCUCUCAUUGAGCUGGCAGUCAUCAGUGGCAACGACUUUACUCUUCCAUUUCUCAACACCAUUCAGACAUUUAAGGCUUCUUACAUGGGACAGUUGGACAAGCUGGCAUGCAUGAUUUACAACAACGGAGUGGCUGAAAAAUGUACUUUCUUCGGACCUAUGAUAGCAAGUGAUCCAGAACUACGGGAAGCCGUGGAACAUUCUAGGCAGUUCUACUCAUUAACUCUAAAAGAGGAGGGAGAGAAAGAGACUUGUUUCAACUUCCAUCUUAUUGCCGAUGACAUCAGAAGAGGGAGACUACCCAGCACAAUUGUGGCCAUGUAUCGGGGCCAAUACUGGCAUCGGCAGGUGCUGGAAGAUCCCAGUCCUGGUUUCCCCUGUGCUGACCUAGCGUUCACCCCCCUGAGGGCUUACAUCUACACAAUCCUGUUGCCGUCAGAUAAGAUGUCCGUUACAGAAAUUGGUCGUACUCCGUACCUGCCUGUCCAACAAAUUACAGUAA